AUGACAAUUCAGAAACGAGUUUUAAUGGUUCUAAUAAGCUUCAACAAUCGCAAGAAUAAACUUACAUCAUUUUUAAGUCACAUACACAGAGAUAAAGAACAGAAAGGAAUCGAGGAUGGAAAAGUUUCAAAAAUUAUAUCAAGAUGCUCCAUACCUUUAGUCAUCUUGAAUAAGCAGCAAUCAACGAAUCAUUUGCGAAGCAUGUUCACUAAUAAAUAUUCAUAUCACAUAUUGAGCAAACAGCAAGAGAGCGUGUAUACAGACAUUUCCUUUUGGAAUAAAGAAAAUGAAGAAAAGAAAUGUUAUGGUAAAAAUCUUUUACUUCUCUUUGAGAUUGAGUGUUUGCUUUCACUCAUCGUAGCUGUUAAUGUAUGUCAAAAAGGAUGGAAUGUUGUACGGAAAGUCAACAAUGGCAUCUUAAUUUCCUGUCAUGUACAUACACUUUUGUAUUCAACUCCUACAACUUGUGUGCGUGUUCCUAUAAAGAAAGUACAACAAAAACUGACGGCAUAUUGA